CGUGCCCACAUUAGUCACCUGCUUUGAUCGGUUAUAAACACUCACGCUGCCUCCGCUGUCAGUCUGUCAUCCAGGAGCCUCUUUGGUCCGUCUCUCCGUCCUUCAGCUCUGCAUCCAUCUGAUAAUUGAUCCUGAUUAUGGCUGUGACCAACCAACCAGGCGGCUACCCACCCUCUGACUUCCAGACCGGCCUGUGCGACUUCUGCGAUGACUGUGGAACCUGCUGCUACGGGCUGUGGUGCUUCCCGUGCCUCGGCUGCACCAUCGCCAGUGACAUGGACGAGUGCUGCCUGUGUGGUCUGACCGUGCUGAUGCGCAGCGUCUACAGGACCAAAUACAACAUCAAAGGGUCACUGUGCAACGACUACAUGGCGUACAUGUGCUGUCCGUGCUGCGCCAUCUGCCAACUGAAGAGAGACAUCGACCGCAGGAAGGAGCAAGGCGUUUUCUGAGCGGAUGGCGCCUCGUCACCAGGCAGUCUGCUGGAUUUCUGUGCUCACUGAAGCAUUUGUAGAUACAGCCCAUCCUCUCUGAUAAAGAAGAUAAAGAUAGCUUUGGCCGCUGUAAAUGCUGUUGUAAAUCGACUUCCCUUGUGAUUCUUUUGAGGGAAAUGGCAUUCAUCUCUUCCAGUCAGUCAAACAUUAGUCAGCUGGGACACGCCCCGAGAAUGAAGACCAGCGUCAUGAUUUACUGCAGAGGUUAUAAAAUGAAGUUUAUCUGUGUCCUCAGCAGUUUACAGGAUGUAGAGAUGAUUGCUGCUUUUUCCUUUUUGGUUUAAUCUUAAUUAGAGGUACACUUUACAGCUAUAAAAUGGGAUCUUAAUAUCAAAUGGAUCCUGCUGAACUUCUGAUCUGGAUAUUAAAUGUUUGUCAUGUUUUAAGGUGUUCUUUUAAUAAAAAUGAAUGAGUGGAGAUCGUC